CUGGCACUCCUCGACACGGCACCAUCUCGGCUCAGCUGGGCUCAAGCAUGCCGCGGUUCAGCAUGGCAGAGGCCAGGCUUUGGGGACAUCAGUUUGUGCAGUUCCUGCAGGACACGGGCCGGGAGCAGGUGAGCCUGCGGGAAACGCUGCGGACCAUCUACACCCAGGAGUUCCGGGGCAGGACUGAUGCAAAGACACCCGGGUUUUCCUGCAUCUUGUACGCACUGAAGACAGCCCAUCAGGUUGAGGUGCGAGGGGAGGUGGUGAAAUUCAAGGUGAAGAGGUGUGUGGUGGUGGCAGACCAGUACCGGAGACCCAGAAUGAAUGCGCAGACAUCCAUGUCCAAGUCUGCCUCAGGACAGCAGCUCAGCUCCACUCCACAAAUGCCGCCGAUCUACGGCAAGCAGUGGGCUGAGCUCAUUCGUGGGAAGCACGGGGUAGAGAUCACCUCAGACUGUGACCAGGGCAAUGGGAAUAUUCGCUUCCCAGUGGUGCCGGGUGAGCCCCGGACAGUCACUGUCCUGGUGCACAACUGUGGGACGGAGGUGGUGACACUGCAGCGCUUCCAGUCACGCCAGCAGUCCCAGGAGCUCUCCUUCACCGACGAGCAAGGGGCAGUGCAGGGCCAGUCCCUGCUGUUACACCCAGGUGCCACAUACCCCAUCCAGGUGCGGUGCCUCACCACCUGCAAUGGGCACUUCAACGCUGUGGUGUUCUUCGAGUUCACCAAGGAGCCAGACCAGCCCUUCAGCAUCUCACGCUACAUUGCUGCCAUCGCUGAGAGCCAGCUAGCCAAGGAGCUGGGACCCUCGGCACCUUUCCAGCCUUACGAGGCCAGCCUCCAGCGCUUUGUCACAGUCAUCACUGAGGAUGGCAUCCCCCCCGACAGCUCCCUGAAAAACAAACUGGAGAGGGAAAUCCCUCUGGGUACCUACCAGUACCCAAAGAGCCUCAAGGACACGAUUCUGCUUGGACCCAACACCAGUGCCAGCUCCAGCUGGGCUGCCAUGCGCUUGCUGCUGGAAGCACCUCUGCAGGCUGAGAACUACCAACAGAAAUUCCAGCUGCUGCUGCACCUGGAGGAGAUCCAGAUGGAGGUGGAUAUCCGGCGCUACGACAUGCAGGAUGUGACCAUGGUGCAGGAGAGGGCUCUGCUGGUUCUCAAUGUGCCUGGCGUGGCUGAGAACCGCCCAUCCCUGCUGAGAGGGGACCACCUCUUUGCCCACCUGAGCAGCGAGCGGGACCACUCCCCACUCGUCCAGUACAAGGGCUACGUGCACAGCGUGGAACUGGAGAAGGUCAGGCUGGGCUUCUCCUCCAAGCUGCAGAAGAAGUUUGUGAACAACCUGAAGUUCGAUGUGACCUUCACCUUCAACCGGCUGCCACUGCAGGUCCAGCAUCGGGCUGCAGUCCUGGCCGUGCGCCGUGGCUUGUUCAGCCUCCUCUUCCCCUCUGCCUCCUGCCACAAGUCCCUCUUCCCAGGCCCCUUCCAGCCCCGGUGGUUUAACCGCAAGCUGGAGACCAACGAGGAGCAGUGCAAAGCCGUGACCCACAUUGUGACAGGGAUGUCCCGGCCAGCCCCGUACCUCAUCUUUGGCCCCCCUGGCACUGGCAAGACGGUCACUAUGGUAGAGGCCAUCAAGCAGGUGUGGACUUGCUUCAAGGACGCCCGUAUCUUGGCCUGUGCCCCCUCCAACAGUGCCACAGACCUGCUGUGCCAGUGCCUCAUCAAGGACAUUGCCCCUGAGAAUGUCUACAGGCUCAUCGCCAGCUCCAGGAGCCCCAGGGAAGUACCCACCGAUAUCAUGCCCUGCUGCAACUGGGAUGAUGAGCAGAGCAGCUACGUGUACCCAAGCAAGGAGAGCCUGAGGCAGUACCGGAUUAUCAUCACCACACUGGUGACAGCAGGAAGGCUGGUGUCAGCCAACUUCCCCCCUGGGUUUUUCUCCCACGUCUUCAUUGAUGAGUGUGGCCAUGCGGUAGAGCCGGAGAGCCUGGUUGCCAUUGCGGGACUCCUGGCUCCCAUGGAUCAGGAGACCAACCCCAAUGGGGGGCAGCUGGUGCUGGCAGGAGACCCCAAGCAGCUGGGCCCUGUCCUGACCUCACCACUGGCUAUCCAGCAUGGUUUGGGCACCUCACUGCUGGAGAGGCUGAUGCUGCACAAUCCCCUGUACAAGAAGUCGAGUGGAGGAUACAAUCCACAGUUCAUCACUAAGCUGCUCUGGAACUACAGGUCCCACGAGGCCAUUCUCAGGAUCCCAAAUGAGCUCUUCUAUGAGAACGAGCUGAAGGUGUGCGAGAGCGACAGGCUUGACGUCCAGAAUCUGUAUUGUACCUGGGAGGAGCUUCCCAAAAAAGGCUUCCCCAUCAUCUUCCAUGGGGUUUGCGGGGAAGACCAGAGAGAGGCCAAAAGCCCCUCAUUCUUCAACACGGCUGAAAUUGAAGUCCUGGUCCACUACCUCAAGAAGCUGCUGCAGAGCCAGGGCAAGGGAAGCUGCCCCUCCGUGUCCCCCAAGGAAAUCGGCAUCAUUUCUCCCUACAGGAAGCAGGUAGAGAAGAUCCGGAAAGCCAUCACAUCCCUGGAUCCCGAUCUGCAGAAGCUGCCGGACAUCAGGCAAUUGAAGGUGGGCUCUGUGGAAGAGUUCCAGGGCCAGGAGCGGCACGUGAUCCUCAUCUCCACCGUGCGCAGCUGCAGCACGUACCUCCAGUUCGACCAGACCUUCAGGCUGGGCUUCCUCAAGAACCCCAAGAGGCUUAAUGUGGCCAUCACCAGGGCCAAGGCUCUGCUGAUCGUGGUGGGUAAUCCGAUCGUGCUCAGCAAGGACCCCCACUGGCACAGGUUCCUCAGGUACUGCAAGGAAGAAGGAGGCUACACAGGAUACCCCUACGAGCCUGAGAGCACAGCUGAGGAUAGAAUCACCGACAACCUCCACAUGCUGCAGCUCAGUGCUUAGUCACCAGGGCUUGCAUGUCUCCAUCUUGAAGUCAGGGGCCAGCUCUGCCAUGAGGUUUCUCUGCAGAAAACGCACCAGUGAAGGGAGGAGAAGCCCCCUGAAGCUCCAUCCCCCUCAGCCUGUCCCUGGCCUGCAGCAGCUCCUGCUCUUUCUGUCUCAGUCUCAGGGUGCUCCACGCACCCCUGAGGAGAUGGGACUGAACCCUCCGGACCAGAAGGUGUUGCCAAGCUUUGCUGCCAGCCACGAAGCCCACACCAGCAUCAGACUGGGACAAGUCUCCAUUUUAAUCAUGUUUGUGGCAGAAAAAUUCUCUGUGACUAGUCUCACCAUUCAGUGAAAGGCUUAAGCCUGGAGACUCUGGCCUCCAAAGAGCAUCACUGGGUACACAGCUGCUGUGAUGGGUGACUGGGGAAGGCAGGGACCUGGCCUGGGACAGGCUGGCUCAGCUCUCCACUGGGCCUGGCCUUAG